AUGUCUUUCCUCGGUGGCGCAGAAUGUUCCACCGCGGGAAACCCUCUGACGCAAUUCACUAAGCAUGUCCAGGAUGACAAGUCCCUACAACGAGACAGGCUUGUUGGUCGUGGACCAGGCAUGCAAGAAGGCAUGCGCUCGCGCGGAAUGAUGGGCGGGCAGGAUCAGCAAAUGAUGAAUGAAUUCAUGCAGCAAUCCCAGCAACUCGACGGGCCCGGCCCACAACCUUUCGCCAUGGAGCAGAUGCGGCGGGAACUGGAGGGCAUGCAUUCUGUACCUCAACGCUCGGGCUCGCCCGGCGGAUGGUUGGCGGAGUUUGGUGCCGGUGAACAGGCACGCAUGGAGGCUGCAUUUCCUGCACAGCAGGGCAUGGUGAACAAUGAAUCAGGCUUUACUCCCGCCGAGUUUGCCCGCUUCCAGCAGCAGAAUCGCAUGGGUGUGCCCCAGACUUCAAGCCCCGCUGCUGCCAAUGCUUCGCCGAUGAUGGCGGGGUAUCAGCGACCGAUGGGUAUGGGCGGGUAUAUGGGUGGCAUGGGUGGCAUGGGCGGCAUGGGAAUGAUGAGUCCAAUGGGUGGCAUGGGGAUGAUGCACCAGAGACCUAUGGAUACCACUGCGCAAGAUAAAGGGAAAGGGCGACUGGUUGAGCUGAACGAUGAGAACUGGGAGGCUCAAUUUGCGGAGAUGGAGACAGCGGGGGCUGAGACGCGAACGGAUGAGGAGGCGAAUGCUGCGAUCGAAGAGGAGCUGAAUGAGAUUGACAGGUCAGUGCCCAACCCCCAUGAUGACUUCGAGGCUGUUUGGGAAAGAAUCCAGGCUGAAAAAGCCGCGGACAGAAAAUUGGCGGAAGACAGUGAAUUUGAAGUCACCGAUGGUGUGCAUGUGGGCGAUCUAGGUGACUGGGAAGGCUUCGACAAUCUCAACACCCGAUUCAGAGAUCCACAGCUCGGCGAUUACAUGUUUGAAGAGGAAAAUGUGUACUCAUCGGUGACUAAUCCCUUCGAGGAGGGUGUCAAGAUUAUGCGUGAAGGUGGCAACCUGUCACUUGCGGCUCUCGCUUUCGAGGCCGCUGUCCAGAAGGACCCGCAGCAUGUGCAGGCGUGGACCAUGUUGGGUUCUGCUCAAGCCCAGAACGAGAAAGAACUUCCAGCCAUCCGAGCCCUCGAACAGGCUCUCAAGGUGGACCCCGGCAAUCUCGACGCGUUGAUGGGUCUGGCUGUCUCAUACACUAACGAGGGCUACGAUUCAACUGCCUACCGUACCCUGGAGCGCUGGCUCUCUCACAAAUACCCCUCUGUCAUCAACCCCGCUGAAGUAUCUGGAGACGCCGACCUAGGCUUCACAGAUCGUCAACUCCUUCAUGAGCGGGUGACAGAGCUUUUCAUUCAAGCGGCCCAACUCUCGCCCUCGGGCGCACAGAUGGACCCUGAUGUCCAAGUCGGGUUGGGAGUCCUGUUCUAUUGUGCCGAGGAGUAUGAAAAGGCCGUUGACUGUUUCUCUGCUGCGUUGGCUUCGACGGAGUCUGGCAGCACCAACCAGCAAGAGCAGCUUCACCUGCUCUGGAACCGACUCGGCGCAACCCUCGCCAACUCCGGUCGCUCCGAGGAAGCAAUUGAAGCCUACGAGCAAGCCCUUACCAUCAACCCCAACUUUGUCCGUGCUCGCUACAACCUCGGUGUAUCUUGCAUCAACAUCGGCUGCUACCCUGAAGCUGCCCAGCACCUUCUGGGCGCGCUGUCCAUGCACCGUGUUGUUGAGGAGGAAGGCCGAGAGCGCGCGCGCGAAAUCAUCGGCGAUGACUCUAACGGCUUUGACGAUGAGCGUCUUGAGCGUAUGCUGCACAUUAGCCAGAACCAAAGUACGAACCUCUACGAUACCCUGCGCCGGGUCUUCAGUCAGAUGGGCCGACGCGAUCUCGCCGACCAGGUUGUUGCUGGCAUGGAUGUGAAUGUUUUCCGCAAGGAGUUUGAAUUCUAG